AUGAAUAAUGAAUUUGAGCAUUUUGUAAAGCAAAAGAUCGUUUCUUUGUUGAGGAUUGAAGAUGAUGUUUUUAACUGCUAUAUGCAAGAUGGAAGGAAUAAAGACGAUUUAAAUUAUUUUUUUUUGUCAUCACCUAUUAACACCACUUUAUUUCUCGUUCUAUAUAAACUUACAUACGAGGACGAAAUAAACAAACAACCCCUUUGCAAAAAUGAAGAAUCAACCAAAAAAGUGAGGGAAAAAAAAUUAGAAGAAAAAGACGAAUGCUCGCAAAAGAAAGAGGACGAAAAUAAUAAUCAUCCUUCUGAUAACAGCGCUAAUAAAACACAAAAAGAAAGUGGAAAAAAGGAUGAUGUUGCAAAUACUGCAAAAAAAAAAGAUAAUGACUUGUUAAAAAGUGAUGAAAAUGAUAAAAAAAAUGAAAAGGAUAAGGAAAACAUAGAUAAAACAGCUGAAAGCGAUGAAAUAAAAAAAGGAGAAGGAACUCGAAUUAGUAAUGAAGUGGCAAAUACUAAAGAUGAUGAAGAAAAUAAUGGGGAAGACGUAACUUCAAAAAUUAAUGGAGACUGUGAACAAACAGAAAAUAUUGAAGAAAAAAAAAAUACUCAUUACGUAUUAAAAAUGAGCAUAGGUAACAUAAGCAUUGAUGAAACGGAGGAAGAACAUACUGCUCUCGUUGAUAGGGGAGAGGAAAAAGAAAUAAAAAAGAAAAAAAAAAGAGUACAAACAAAUAUAGUUUAUUUUUUAAAAAUUAAAGAGGAUAAAAUUCAUGAAAACAUGGAUGAGUAUUUUAAUAAUAAUUAUAUAUAUGGAAAUUUGCACCAUAAUUAUAUUAACAAUUUUAAGGCCUAUUUCAAAGUAUUUUUUAUACCUUUUUUUCAAUGUUUAUUAAAAAAAAACAAAGUUUUUGAAUGUAUUGGUAAGGAUGUAGAUCAAAAUGUAAAAAUUGAACAUGUCUUAAACAAAUUAAAGAAUUUUAAAAAAAAUGAAAUGCUAAAUGACCAGUCAGGAGAAGUAAUUAAAUUAAAUGAAAAUAAAUAUUUGAAUAUAAUGGAAAGAGGAAAAUACGCUCACCAACAAAAAGAAUUCGCUGAGGAAAAUUAUAUCGACAAGGUAAGAGAAAAGAAAAAUUUAGUAGAAACAUUUGAUGAGAAGGAAAAUAAAUUAAAUACCUCUGAUUAUUUAAGCAACAACAAAGACAAAUGUACUAAUUAUAGUAUUUCUCGUUCAACUGAAAAAGAGGAAAACUAUCUAAGGAAUAAAAACCUACUAAAUUCGUUCUAUUAUAUACUUAGUUAUUACAAACAAAUACUAAAAGUAGAACAAAUCUCUUAUAACGAGAUUAACACAGAUAUAAUGAAACUUAAAGAUGAUACUAUUAAUAUAAAUAACUAUUUAAGAAACAUUUCUAACAUAAUAAAGAAUUUUAUAAUAAAAGAAAAGAAAAAUGAUGUAAAGAAAAAAUACGAUAAAACAUCUGUGGAGUACUGGAAAGAGAGACAUCACAGGGUGUAUAAUCUACUUGAAAAAAUUAAUAGCAAAAAAUUUGAACAAAUUAUAGAAAAUAUUAAAGGGAAAAUUUAUAACAAUGAAUUAAGUAAUGAAAUAAAAAUGUUACUAAAAGAAAUAGAAAAUAUGCAUAUGGAAUCAUUUGAAAUGAUCAAAUUUAGUAAACUGUUAGAAAAUUCUUUUGAUACCUUAAAACAUGUGCACAUUAAUCAAAUGAAAAAUGGCAUUAAAUUGGUAAUUCGAAAAUUAAAAAAUAUAUGGCUUAGCUCUAAAUACUUUCGAAAAGAUGAAAUAAUAAUAGCCUUCUUUCUAAAGCUUUCAGAAAUUCUAUUUGAAUUCAUACUUUUCUUAGCUAUUAAGAUAAAAAAAAUAAACAAACCAAAACGAAUAAAAAAGGUUAUUUCCAAAUGUAUAGACAUUUUAAAAUUCUAUGAAAAAGAGUUUAUAUAUGUUAAAUUAGAUAUUGAAACAAUAGAUAUAAGAAAAAAUUGGUAUUUUGAUAAAAAUAUUAUUUUUAAAAAUAUAAGACAUCUUCAACAUGUUUUAGCUACACUUUACACAGUAUAUUCAGAAAUUAUAUAUUUCACUGAUUUGUGUUUAUUAAAAUUAAAAAAGUUGGUUAAUAAUAAAAAAAUUACGAAUAAUAUUAUUCUUGAAAUUAAUGAAUUGUAUGAACCUUUCAAUGAUGUAUUGAAAAACAUAUAUCUAUAUGAUGAUGAAUCGAUCAUGCAAUUAAUGAAAAAACUAAAUGAACAGUGUUUAAAGAUUGAAAAAAAAUGUAUCAAGAUUAUUCAUAUUCAAUUCUCCAACUUAAGAAAUACCAAGGCUACGUACCUAUUAGUGGAAAAGUUUCAAAAUUUGAAAAAAAGUUAUAAAAUUGAUAGACUUUUAAUAAAAAAAUUAUAUGAUAUAUUAUUCUUAUACAAAAAAGAAUUGUACUUGUAUAUUGACUUGUUUAACAAUAUGUGCACUAACAAAGAUCUAGACAUUUAUAAAAAAUUUUUAUUUUGUUUAAAUAUAUACAAAAAAAUUAAAAAACCAAUGUUAAUAUUUAAAAAUAAUAGUUACAUUACAACAUCAAAUGAAUACAAAAUUAUCGUUAAAUUAUAUAUCAACUUUUGCAAAAAAAUGUUUACUUAUAUUGUGGAAACAUAUGUUAUAUGGAAAAAUAAUUCUCUCUCUCAGAUGAAUAAAUUUUUGUCUUCAAACAUAAUUACAAUAAAUAAACAACUAAACUUUUACUAUAUAAUCAACUUUGAUAAUAAUUUUUUUAAAACUUUAUAUGAAUAUGCAUAUAUGGAAUCUACAUAUGAUUUUAAUACACCCAUUGAAAUACUUAAUAUGUACAACUUAAAAAAAAAAUUGUAUAGGUAUCUCUAUGAAUUAAACGAAAUUAUUCUUUUUUUCAAAAAUUUUACUACAAAUACAUCAAUAAUUGAGCAAAAGGUGUUAAUAAAAUUUUUCCAGUGUUUUGAACAGAAACUCAUAUACAUUUCUAACAACAUAAAUUGGUUAAAUUUAAAUAUAGAUCAUUAUAUAAAAGAUCUAAAAAAUUGCAAGAACACAAUUGAAAAUGUACAUUUGUCUUUGUCUUAUUCUCUUAACAGUAUAGAUAAUAUUAUUUUUAAUAUGCAAAAUAUUAAUGUAGUGAGAUAUAUAGAAUGGGGUAAUAUGAAGCCAUUGCAUAUUCAACCUUUUUUUAAUUAUUUUGAGGAAUAUAGAAUAAAAGAAGUUAAUAAAAUUUUAGAAAAAUAUAAAGAGAUAUCACAAAUUUUAAUUAAAAUAGAACAAAUUGUAGAAAAAACCAAAAAUGGAAGGAGUGAAAUAAUGGACGAAUUAUACUACUUAUAUCAAUGUAAAAUAUAUAAAUGCCUAAGUUUGAUUAUCAUAAAAGGGUUAUGUAAUUAUGAGACAUUGAUCGAAAAUGAUUUCCAAAAAAAAUUUUUGGAUAAUUAUAAGCCCUGUUUAUAUAUUAAAGAAGAUAUAUAUUCUGAUGUUUUUUUAAAUAAUUCUAUACAAAAUAUAUUUAAACUUAUAUCCAAACUUUUAACAAAUUUGCUUUUAUCAUCAUCAGAAUUUAUUAGAUGGCUAGAUUAUUCAUGUAUUGAAGUCCCCAUAUCGUUAAAAGAAGACUUUGAAUUCUUUAAAAUGAAAUUUUCCUUUUAUCAGAGUGUCAGUAAAAAUAAGAUUAUCAUUGAUAGAAUAAUACAUAUACAUCAAUUGAUUCAAAACGUUUUUCAAAAAGCAAAUAAAUAUAUUUAUAGUUUUUUAAAUUAUGAUAAUAUAAUAAGUUCAAUUAUUAAAGCUCAAAGUAGUUUCAAUAUUCAUCAGAAUAUCACAUACCCUUUGAUCUAUUAUGAUAAUAUUCUUAAAAAUAUUACAAAUAUUCAAAAUAAAAUUGACAAGGAAAAUGACAAAAAAACAAUUCAAUUUAUAUCCUUAAAUAUAUCCUUUGUUCUCAAUUCAAUAAAAAGUAAAUUAUUAGAUUCAAAAAAAUUCUUUUUUAACAAUCUUCACUUUAUAUUUACAACGCUGAAAUGUUCUACCCUGAGUGAAAUAACAAAAUAUAGGGGGAUAUUGAAGACGUGCACUAAUUCAAUGGACAAUUAUGAAAACAUUAUAAAAACAAUAAACACAAUAAAAGCUGAAAAUAUAAACAUAGAAAUAAACAUUCAAAAAACAGAAGAGAUUUAUAACAUGAUAACAAUAUAUGAUUAUAAUAUCAUAAAGGAUGAACAAAAGACAAACUUAUUUUCGCUUUAUCCGAUGUACUUAAAUAUGCUCAACUCAGCUUUUUUCAAUGAUAAUCUAAUGUUCACAAUAAAACAAGAAUUUUACAGAAAUACAAAAAAUAAGAUAAUCGUUUUCGAGGAAAAAGUAAAAAGAAUCUUAAAAAAGUUUCAUUUGAUUGGGCCAUCGUCAGAAAAUAUUAACUUAAGCGAAGGAAUAGAGAGUUUAAAAAAAUAUAUAAAUGAUUUUAAAACAUUAGAAAUUGAAAAAGAAGAGAUAAUUAAAGCCCAAAUUUUGUGCAAUAUGAAAAUUUUCUUAUUUGAGAAUUUCUAUUUGUUGAAGAAUACGAUAAAGAUUUACAACUCCAUUUAUUCUAUAUAUAAUUCAUACACUACCAGAAUAAAUGAUUUUUUAGACGUUAUAUAUUAUAAGCUGAAUAUUAAGGAAAUAAAUAAAUCUUUAAAAGUAGUAAAGAGCGAGUUAAUAGAAUUACAAAAAGAACAACCAGAAGCCAAUAAUAUUUUGGCCUUCAAAAAAAUUAACGAAGAAUUAAACAAGAUGAACACGACAUUGACAAUUGUAUACUUGUUGCAAAACACAAACAUGAAACUAACCAAUUGGCACGAAAUUAUUAAUCUCCACUUGAGGAGAAACAACAUAAAAGAUCCAAUAACUUUUGAAAACAACAUCAUUAUUAAUGACAAAAGUAUUAACAUUAAAUCAAUAACACUUUACGACAUGUACGAAUUAAAGAUCUACUUGCAUUUUAAUGACAUAAAGUAUAUUAUAUAUAAAAUUAAGGAAGUUGAAAAAUUAGAAAAAUGUAUUAAUAAAAUUGAAAAUAAGUGGAAACAAGAAACCCUAAAAAUAAUAAAAUAUAAUGAUUGCUUUAUAUUGGAUGAUAAUAGAAGCAUAUUUAAAAAUAUUAAGAAGACAUUUAAUGACUUACAUUUAAUGAGAAACUUAAAUUUUGCUCAGGAUUUAAUACCCAAAAUAAACUAUUUACAAAGCAAAUUAUUAUUUGUUCAUGAACUCUUAUCCUUGUGGGCACUAACACAGGAAAAGUGGGCUAGCCUCCAAAGUUUUUACAAUAACGAGAAUUUCAACCAUUUCAGCAACGAAUUGAAAAAUUUUAAUAAAAUAAAUAAAACAUACAUUGAAAUAAUGAAAAAUGUGAAGAAAAACCCGAAUCUAUUCCAUAGUUGUAGCACUCAAUUUUUUUAUUUUUUGAAAAAUUACUAUGAUCGCGUAUUGUUUUUGUUUGAUGAAACAAUAAUUGAAGUUGUUACUACAAAAAAUAACACAUUCAAUUUAAAAAAUGGAGUGAAAAUAAUAGGAAUAGACACAUAUAUUAUUUUAAAAGAAAAGAUAAAAAGCACCUUAAAAGAAAACGUUAUUACAAGUUUAAAAAUGAUUUACAAUACUAACAUAAUCAUUCCAAUAAUAGUAAAUAACAUCUCAGUCGUUUCAAGCUUAGUCAUUAAAGUCCUAUUGAGCGAAGAAAUUAAGAACAUUAUUCAACAGAAAAAUGCAGAAUACACGCAGAAAGUUCUAAAUAAAUACAGUGAUUUGUGCAACAAUAUUAUUCAAGAAAUAAAAAAGGAAAAAGGAAAAAAUAUUCAGAAAAUAGAACAGUCUUUAAUUAUAUAUUUAAAUUUUAUUGGCAUACUACAAAAAAUAAUUCAAGAAAAUCUGUUUGAUGAAAACAGCUUCUUUCUAUAUUACCAAUUUGGAUAUACCCUAGAUAAAAAUAAAGAACAAGUUUUAGUAAAAUAUGGAAAUUAUGCAUUCAAAUAUAAUUAUGAUAUAUUAGAAAACAAUAAUUUAUUUAUAAAUUUACUGCCAAAUGACAAAUACGUAUUUUCAAUAUGCUCAAAUAUACAUAAAUCUUAUUACAAUAUCAUAAGUGGGAACAACAAAACAUCAACUAUUCUGUACAUAACAUCAGCACUGGGACGAAGAACACAUUUUAUUGAAAGAAAAAUAAAUAAUAUAAAAAAUUACAUACUAGGAUCUAUUCAACUAGGUUUAAAAAAAAAGGAGAAGAACAUUUAUAUUUUUAAUAAAGAUGUACCAUUUAAUAGCAACUCCGUAAUAUUUUUUACCUCCAAAUGUUACAGGUGCACAAGUAUCCCCUCAAAUUUAAGGGGUUUGUGCAAAGAAACCAUCAUAAACAACUGUAGAGAAGUAGAGCUCGUGGAAAUUCUAUUGCAUAUAAAUGAUUUUUCUAAUGCUCAAAUCCUGUGUAGAAAAUUUUGGAAUUUUAUGGAAUACAUAAAUUUUAUUUAUUUUAAAUCUGAGAACAAUAUGUUGAAUGAUGUAAUUAGUAUUAUAAAUUUAUGUAAAGAAGGAAAUGCAGAAUGCGACAAGGAUUUGUUAUUAGCCAAAUAUACAUUUAUACACUAUUAUGGAAAAUUAAAAGAUAUUACACAAUGCAAGCUACAAGGAUUAAUAAAAAAAUUUCUUGAUGUUGACUUAAGUAUGAAAUUUUAUUUGGAUAAUAAAAGAGACCUAUUAAAAGAAUUGGUGCAACAAGAACGUAUUUAUUUAAAAGACCAUAUGCUGUCUGAUUAUGAAAAGGAAAUUUAUCUAUUAAAAGAAAAACUGCAAAAUCAGUUUGUGUCAGUGGUAUUUGGAGGAGCUCACAUUGGAAAAUCAACAUUACUAAAAAUAUACAACACUUUGUAUAACUCGAAAUACUCCUUUAUUUAUUUUGACGCUUUAUAUGAUCCACAUGGCAACUUCAACGAAAAUUUUUUACAUGAAAUGAUAAAAAAGAAACAAGAAAAAUACAAAGAAUACACAUUUAUCAUGAAGAUCAAUUAUCUUAAUCAUGUCAUUUACGAUUUCUUGUCCUUAAAUAAUUUAUUUUAUUCGAAAGAUCAAAAAAUGGAGGGAAGUCCCGCAAAUCGGCUAAAGAUAAUUAUUGAGUGCAAUGACAUGUCCCUCUUAGAUCCCUACUUACUAAACAAAAUGAAUAAAAUAUUCAUUAAGGAUAAUAUUAAUAUGUACAUUUAUUUUAAAAACAAAACGUCUAAAUUAAUAGAUAGCAUUCUUAACACAAACUUCUUUUUUGAGAAGAACAUUCAGAAUAACAAGACAUCUAGCUUCAUAAACAAUUAUGAGGAGAAGAAAAAAAUUCUUUUGGAAUUAUAUAGCGAGUUAAAACUAUUUUAUAGGAACUUUUUUCUCCCUAUAUUUAAUUAUAUAGAAAAAAAAAAAGGAAAUAAUUUCAAUAUAAAUAAUUAUUACACAAAAGUGGAUGAUAUAAAAAACAUGACAUUAAAUGAUAAUGAUUUUACUCAAAAAGAUUUGUUCCAUGUAAAUGUGGAUGAGAAAAUUUUGAUAAAUAAUUUCUUAGAUAUAUUUAAAAAUAAUAUAUUCAUUUUCCUAAAAGAAGCCGAAUUAGAUGAUCAGUCAUCACUUAGCAAGUGUAUUAGUACCAAGUCUAACAUUAAGGAUGCUAUUAAUUUACAAAUAAUAGAAGAAUUACAUAGAAAAGAAUAUUUUAAAAAAAAAGAAACAAGUAUAAACGAAGACAAAAACGAAAAAUACAGAACAAAUGAAGAAUAUAAUUUAGAUAAUAUAGAUAAAAGCUAUAUAGACAAUGUAUGUAUACUACAAGCUGAAAAGGAAAAUAACAAAAAAGUAGACUUAUAUAGCAAGAAAGAAAUAUGUAAAAUAUUAACUAUCAAAAAUAAAUACAUUUUUAUAUUAAUAAGUUGUCUCAUUUUUUUAUUUAACAAUUUUUUAAAUGACCAUGAAAAAUGCGGCUUUUUUAUUUUCUUAAAAAAAUUAAUUGCCUCAAACAAAAUCAACCUUGAUAAUAAUUUAGAAAAUUAUUAUUACCACAUACACAAAAACAAAUGGGUUCCUAUUUGUGAAUUUUUUAAUUCCACUGAAAAUGACCACUUUGAUGAAAAAUAUUUACUAUAUCAUGAUGAAGAAAUGAAGAAGAAAAUUAAUUCAAUUAGCCUGCUGUAUAAAGGACAGUCUAAUAUUUGCUUGAUAGGGGAUAGAAAAAAUUGCAAGACGGCUAUUUUUAAAGAGAUAAUUGACAGGAACAAGAAUAUUGACCAUGUUGUAAUAGAUGUUUUGAAAUACAUCAAUGUUCUUAAUUUUAAAGUUUUACAUGAUAAAUUAAUAAAAAAAAAUGUAAAAAAGUACUUCCAUCAGUCCAUCCUUUAUAUUUGCAUAGACGACAUUCACGUUAAUUAUGAAAAAUCAAAUAACCCUUCUGUAGAAUUUUUGCACAAUUUACAGAGAAACUUAUGCUAUUGUGAAAACAAAAUUAUUAAUAUAGAAAACAUAAAAAGCAUAAUCACCUUGGAGUUAGAACAGAUGAAAAAGAAUAGCUACUAUAAAUUUAUAUCAUAUUACUAUUCUUUCUUCUUUUUAAACUCAAGCAGAAAAUGCUUACUACAUUAUUUUAAUUCCCUAAUAAAUCAUUCUUUAGAUGGAAAAUUUCAAGGUAUACACAACAAAUUAGUAAGUUACACCAUCGAUCUAUUUUGGAAAAUACAUGAGGACAUUAAUUUAGAGGAAAAAAAAGAAAACAGCUUACUAUUCACAAAAGAAAAUAUUUUCUUGUUCUACGAAGAAUUCUUUUGUACUAAAUGGAAUUUUGAAAAUGAACAGGAUGUAGUUAUAAAUUGGUGUGAAAAUGCUGAAAGUAUGAUUUUAAAUAGGAUCCUGAAAAAGGAAAGCAAAAAGGAGGUUAUGAAAAUGAUUAAAAAUGCUCAGGAGAAACACUUCAAUAUAAUUAAUGAAAAUAAUUCUACCUACUUAAAUUACUUUUCCAAAGACGUUUACGAAAAAAUUGACAACGAUGUGUUAAAAGACGAAUUUCUUAGAAGUCUAAGUAGUUACAACAAUUUGUAUAUUAACACAAAGAUGUUUGUAGAAUUUUAUUUUAAAAACAUUUUGGAGGUCUAUAAAAAAAUAAGUAAAAAUGUAAAUUCAUCCAUGAUAAUUUGCAUUAAUAAAAAGAAAGCCAUCAUAUUACUAAACGCUGUUGCAUUCAUAUUAAAUAUCAAUUCAGUAAUAAUUAACAAGUCUAAUAUUCAAGAAAAUGUGCAGGAAAAAAUUAACUAUUAUAAUAGAUUGCGCUUUAAGAGAAAUCUUUUUAUAUUAAUUAAUUAUUCAAAAAAAUAUGAUGAUUAUUUUUACUCCUUAAUUUAUAAAAAAUUUCCAUCUGCACUAUUUGAUAAAAAGGAACUAUUCCAAAUGUAUACUAAAACAAAUCUGAUAUCUAAUGAGCUAAAAUGGGAGAAUAUUCAAAAUAUAAUGAAGAACAACACAUAUGUGUGCCUCGUACACGAAAAGAGGUUUGAUUUAAGUAUGUCCAAUUUCCAGAAUUAUAAAAACAUUUACAAUGAUAUAUAUGUUAUUCACAUCGAUUGCUGGUAUAAGGAAGAGUACAUUCGAUACUGUAGGUUGUUUUUAAAAAAUUACUCAGAUAACCACUUUGUAGAUAAUAUUUUAAAUAAUUUCAAAAAGAAAGUUAUCUUAAAUACUUUAGAAGAUGAUAUUGAAAAACAGAAUAAAAACCUGGCCAUAGAAAAAAAAGAAAAAGACAAGGAGGAUCACAUUUUCAUAAAUUCGCUAGAUUAUAUAAAGAAAAAUAAAAAUGAACAACCUGAAGCGAAAGAAAGUGAAACAAAGAAUAGACAAGAAAAAGAAAUAGACAAAGAAAAAGAUAACACAGAUGAAAAUGAAACAACUCAAGUUAGGACAAAUGAAGAUGAAAAACAGAAACAGAACAAUAAUCUAACUGAAAAAAAGAAAGAUAAUUAUAAUAUAAAAAAUAAUGAAAAGAAGGAGAAAAAAGAAAAUAAUAUUCAAAAUAAAAAUGAUCAACAAAACGAAGAGAGAAAAAACAAAGGUAAACUCAAACUAACUUCACAAGAAAAAGAAAAAAAAACAGAGAAGAGUUCCUCUAUCAUCAAAAUAAUCAAAAAGGGAGUAAUAAAUAAAGAUUCAAAGAUAGAAAAAAAUAAUAUAGUGUCUUCUAAAAAUACUACAGAUCCUUAUUCGAAUAAGGAAAAUAGUAAAAAGAAAGAAAUAAUAAAUUCCAUAGGAAAUGUAAAAACAAAAAAAAAUGAAAACAUAACAAUGAAAGAAGUUGCUAAAUCAAAUGAAAAAGAAACAAGAGAAGGAGAAUUAAAUAAAUCAGGGAAUAAAUCGGAUCAUAAUAAAAAUACUGGAAAAAUGGAAAAGAAACAUAAUAAAAGAGAAAAUAGUGAAAGGAAUGUUUUAAGAACAAACAAACCUACAAAGGGUGAUCUCGAACAUAAAAAGAAACAGGAUAAAAAAGACAAUAGAAAUAUCAUUAGCAACAACAAUAGUAAUAAAAAUAAGAUACAUAGUAACUAUAACAAUGUUAAUUAUGAAGCUAAAGAGGAGCUAGUUGUUAUAUCAGAGGAUGACCAAAGAAAAGCGGAAGUUGAUAUAGACAAAUAUCAUGAAAUGGGAAAAGAUGAAAAAAAAACUUUGCAGGAAAAGGAAGGCACAAAAGGUAAAGGAAAUGGCGAAAUGGAGGGAGAAAAAGAAGGCGAAAUAGAAGGCGAAAGCAAAGGCGAACGGGAAGGCGAAAAAGUAGACGGAAAUAAUGAUAUCCACACUAAUGGCACAGAACUGUCCAAAGAAGGCGAAUCAAAAACGGAUGAUGAAAAUGCUAAAAAUAAAGACUAUAACUAUUUAAAAAGUUGCAAUAAAAGAGCAAUAAACGAAUUUAGCAUAAACAACGCAGAAAUGAGUAAAUAUAAUUUUUACAGUAUGAUUGAAAAACAACUUGAAAACGUUGUCGAUGUAUUUAUAGAAGUAUAUUAUGAUUUAAAAAACUUUUUAAAGAGAAGAAACAGUAAUUUAGAUUUCAUAAGAAUCAACAAAAGCAAUUUUGUGGACUCAUUAGUUAUGUUUUAUAUUUUACUAAAAAAUAAAUUAAACUAUAAAAAUAAGCAAUUGCAAAUGUUUAGAAUGGGUCUAAAAAAGGUGGAGAGUAUAUUUAAAAAUUAUAAUAAUAUGAAUACAGAAAUAGAACAAAUAAAUACAUCAAUAUGCUCUAAGGAAGAUACCAUAGUAAAUCUAAACGAAGCUAUUAAAAAUGAUUCUAAACUAUUAGUAGAUAUGGAACAACAAUUUAACUCAAAUAAACAAAUUUUAAACGAAGUGGUAAAUGAUAUUGACGAAAUGAUGGAACACAAGAAUGAGUCUGAGAAACAAAUUGAAGAAGAAUGUAUCUCCAUUAUAUUUAAAAUUCAAAAUGUAGAAAAUAGCGAAAUUAAAAAUAUAUUGAAAAUUACUAAUCCUGAUAUGACACUCAUAAGUAUAUCAAUUAUUCUGAACACAUUAGUAAGAAACUCCUUUUUAAAUGAUAACAAUGAUAAUUGGAAUUACUUUAAAAGUUUUAUUUCAAAAGAAAAUUUUUCCAAAUUCUUUUUUAAUUUUAAAAAAGAAAAUGUAACUGAUAAACAAAUAAAAAGAAUAAAGGAUUAUAUAAGUAAAGAUGAAAUAGCUAGAAACACUAAGAAAAUUUAUGAAAUGAAUAAUUUAUUUACUUAUUUUUUUGAAUGGGUUAAUUUUAUACUUAAAUACAAAGAAUAUUAUAAAAAUACAUGUCAAAUAAAUGAAUCUAUUUCAAGUAAUACUUUGAAAAAAGAAAAGUUUGAAAAGGAAAACCAAAUGCUGUUAGAACAAAUGCAUAAUAUUAAAUCGUCCAUCGUAAGUAACAAAAGUGAUGUAAAUAAACAAAUGGAACAACUGGAAGAUUUAAAUAAAAAAUUAAAUAUAAUAAACAAGUCUUAUUUACCUAUUUUAGAAAUCAAGGAAUUUUUAGAAAAAAUUCAAAAAAAAUAUACAAUUACAAUUGAACAAAUUGAAAACAAUUAUAAAUAUUUAGUAUCCGAAAUCUUACUCUUUUCCUUUUUUCUAAAUUAUUCAUCAUCUUUUAAUUACAAGUAUAGAUGUUUCUUACUUGAUAAAUGGAAAAGAAUUAUAAAAAAAAAUAAUAUAUUAAUAAAAGAUGAUGUUAAAAUAGAAAAUAUAUAUUCAUGUGAUAGUAUCAUAUCGUUGUUUAUAUCUGAUAACUUCCCAAGACAUAUUUUUUACAUACAAAAUGCAUUAAUAUCUUUGAAUCAUUUUAGAUGGCCUCUGCUAUUAGAUCAACAAAAUAUAGGAAUCGAAUGGUUAAAAAAAAGCUAUAGCAAUAAUUUGGUUAUUCACAAUUUUGAUGAAAAUUUGAGCAAACAUUUAGAUAUGUGCAUAAUAUAUGGAAAAAGUUUAAUAGUUCCAUUUUUCAAUUUCCAAAAUUUGUAUAUUUAUGAAAAAAAAAAUAAUGAAGAAUUUAACUGUGACCAUUGUAAUGAUCAGGAUAACGUUAAAACGAUACAAGCACAUGUACUCUGUAAAAAAAAUUUUCUUAAAUUCAAACUAAAAUAUAAAGAAAUUAAACUUAAUUCCAAUUAUAGCAUCAUAGAACCUGUUAUAGAGAGGAACGUGUAUCUGAUAAAUGGAAAAUACUACAUUAACAUUGGAAAGAAAAAACUAGAGUACAACAAACAUUUCAGGCUAUUCCUCGUGAGUGACUCGAAUGAUAGAUACUUUGAAGACAUAGAAGAUUAUGUUAACAUAAUUGAUUUUCAAAUAGAUAAAAAGUUGAUUGUAAACAAAAUUGUAAACAUUAUUUUAAAACAUGAAGAUGAAAAAAAGUUAAUCAAUUUUAACACAAAAAUAAGAAAUUUCUACGAAACAAAACAAACACUUAAAUUUUUGGAUGAUGGAAUGAUUAUAGAAUUAUGCACUUUUGACAAUAAAAUUAAUAAUAAUAAAAAUUUAAUGAGUGCUAUAAAUAAUAAUGUUCUGAAAAAAAUAGAAAUAAAAAAAAUGCUUAAUGAAUACAAACAUGAAAUUAACAAAAUAAAAAGUUCUUCUGAAAAUAUAAAAUGUUUAGGUUAUAGAUUUCAUAGUAUAUAUAAAGUGUUACUUAAACAGUCGAGAGUAAAAUCUGUAUACAGUUUUAAUUUUAAUUAUUUAUUAAACAUUUUAAAUAAUUUAAUUAAAAAUAUCAACAAGAAAAUACUAAUUUGUAAUUUUAAUCAAUUAAUAAAAAAAUUUACGCAUAACUGUUUUGUAUUCUUGUUAAAUACUAUAAACCAAAAAGACAAAUUAUUUUUUUGUUUUCUGUUUUAUUCUUCCUUACUAUUUGAAGAAAAAAAAUUAAUAAAUAUAAAAAAGUCCAUAAAAAUAGAGAAGGAAAAAUACUAUUCUCUAUUUCUGAAGAUGAGAAAUUUAACAAAUAAUGAUACAACCGAUUUACAUAAAGUUGAAUGGUUAAGUGAAAAGAAAAAAAGGGAGUUACUAUUUUUACAAAAUGAAUUAGAAAAUUUUAAACUACUUAUUGAAGAUUUAAAAAAUAAUUCUAUUGAAUAUUUUAACUGGUAUAAACAAGUACGACCAGAAGAACAUUUGUCUUUUUUGAAAAGAAUACAGCUAGAUAAAUUAGAAAUUAUUUUGUUCAUAUAUGUAAUGCGUAAAGAUAGACUAUAUUAUUACAUAUAUUUCCUGUUAACAAAUUAUUUAGACCUAACUGAAAAUGUCAACUUCUCUUUUAAUCCUUCUAAGGAUUUAAAUUAUAUAGAUGCAAAAAUAUUUUUACACAUUACAAAGGAAGGGAAUAAUUUCUAUGAAUCUAUCUUAUCAAAACAUAAUAAUGCAAUAAAAACUCUCAGCGUUGGAAAUAAUUUUAAUAGUGAUACUCAAAUAAUUAUGGAAACAUCCUUACAGAAUGGGAAAAAAUUAUUACUAGAAAAUAUUCAUUUAAUUAAAUAUAAUAUAGACAAAUUUUAUGAAAUAUAUAAUAAUAAAAAAAUUCAUUCUAAUUUUGAAUUAUAUCUAACCUCCGAACAAGACACUUCAAUCUCUAUAUUAAAAAAGGCUAUCAAGAUAUUUCCACAUAAGGAUGAAUAUUUAAAAACUCUACUCACAGAAUUGUUUGCACAUGUUCAAAAUAUUUAUAAAGACAAACUGAGAAAUAAUUUUGUUAACUCCUUCUUAUUUUCUCUUUCCUUCUUUCACACUAUUCUAGUGUGCAGAUCUAAUUAUGAUAACUUCGGUUUUGACGAAUUGUACCACUUCGAUAUUAAAGAUUUCGAGAGUACAUUUGAUUGCCUCCUCCAUUAUUUUGAUUUAGUCCAAGUAAACAGCUCCAUAGAUAAUGAGUUAAAUAACGCCUCAAAUAUGGUUUCAAAAAUUGGCUCAAGUAGGUACAAAAAUAUGUGCCUUCAUUUUAAUACUAGCACCACAAGUAAAGAAGCUGUUACAAAGGAAAUGAAUAUAAAUUGGGCUUUUGUGAAAGAAAUAAUCCUGAACGGAUAUGGGAACAAGGUCAAUUAUGCAGAUAGGAAAAUAAUAAAAAGUUAUAUCAAGGAAUAUUUUAACGAAUAUUCAUUUAACGAAAAAAACGAAUUCAUUUAUUCCAUUGAUGAAAACUAUAACUAUAAAUUUUUGUUAAAUGGAUCUAUAAAGGAAUAUACGAAUUUAAUUAAGGGUUAUCCCUUUUUCAAUAGCUGCAAAACUUAUGGAAUGAAAAUAGAAGCUGAUAAAAAGAAACAUGAAAAGUAUAAUGAAAGUCUAAUAAAAAAUUUAGAAAAGAUAUGCAGCAAGGAAAUUUUAAUUUAUAAAAAGGACAAUAAUGAUGAUGAUGUUUUUUUCAACCUGGAAAGCGAUUACUACUCAAGUUCUAAUUUUAACUCUGAUGAAGAUGAAAAAAAAGAAAAAGAAAUAAAAGAGGAAAUCCUAUAUGGCGUGGCACAUGUGGAGAAACAAGAUGAGUACACAAAAGAUCUAACAUAUGAAGAAGAACGGAACAAAAAAGAUGAUGCUUAUGAUAAUGGUAGUAAUUGUAGUAAUGAUUAUGGAAGCGACUUUUUUGUAAACAUAAACAAAAAAGGUGAUAUGUUAACAGGCGAAGAUAGGAAAAAGCAUAACAGUUAUUGCCAUUCAGACUAUUAUUUAAAAUUAGACUUUUUAAAAAACGUUAAAAAAAUGAAUAUAUUUUAUGAAUUAAUAAAAAAACUAAAAUUAACAUUUAAACAUAAUAUAAGUAUUAAUUCUGAGUGGACUAAAAGUAAUAUAACUACAGUUCAGUCAUGUUGCAUAAAUGAAACGAAGAAAUUUAAAGAAAUUACAAAUAUGAUAUAUUGUGAUGUAAUAAAAAUUGAAAAUGAGUUAAAUAAAAAUAAAAAAUAUUUGGAUAUUGAUACUAAACUAAAUAUGAUUUAUUUAUCAUUAAAUAAGGUACCAAAAAAAUGGACAUUUAGUUUUAAUAAAAAGAUAAAAACUGUUCAUAAUUUUAUUACCUAUUAUGAAAAUAUAAAAGAACAACUAUACUUUUGGAAUAUUACUGGAGAAUUAACUUUUUAUAAUAUGCAGUAUUUAUUUAAUCCUUUUGAAUUUUUUAAAGCCUUAUUAAUUAAAUUUUGUUCUGUUCAUAAAAAAAAUUUAAAAGAUUGUAUAUUUACAUCCAAAAUUAAUAAUUCCACGGAAAUAAAUAAAAAGGAAAACCCGCAUUCUCAAAAAAAUUUUUUUUAUAGUAGCGAUGAAGAAGAUCAUUUUAUAACAAAUGAUAUCAAUUAUGCGGACUAUGUUCACUACGACACUGAAAAUUACUGUGACGUGUAUUUGCUAGGGAUUUACACACUGAAUAACAAUUUUGAGUGUCUAGGAAUUAAGUCAACAAGUAAGAAGAAAUAUGACAAAAUACCCAUUAUAACACUAAGCAUAAUAGAAAAAAAAGAAAAGAACAUAUUAAAGGAUAGAAAAAUACCCCUAUAUCAAUAUAAGUAUAAUGGAAAACUGAAAAAAAAAAAUAAUAAGUUUAUAACAAAUAUGUACUUCAAAUCGGACAAACAUAAAUCCUUCAUUUAUAUUAGCAAGGUUUAUCUGUUCAUAUAUAAUUGA